CCUUCCUGCGACAGACUGCUGCUGGAGGAGUCUGACGAUGAGGAAGGCGACCUGUGCCGAAUCUGCCAGAUGGGGGAGGAGGCGGCCACCAACCCCCUGAUCCAGCCCUGCCGCUGCAUCGGCAGUCUGCAGUUCGUCCAUCAGGACUGCAUCAAGAGGUGGCUCCGCUCCAAAAUUGGCUCCGGCACAAACCUCGAGGCCAUUGCAACCUGUGAGCUCUGCAAGGAGAAGCUGCGUUUGAACAUUGACAACUUCGACAUUCAGGAGUUAUACAAGACACAUGUGCAGUCAGAAUAUGAUGAGUUCAUCAGCAGCGGCCUCUACCUGGUGGUGCUGCUGCAUUUCUGUGAGCAGAGGUUCUCUGAUGUGCUGGGAGCUGUCGAUGCAGCUGGGUUAUUCAGCCUGGUGAGAAUCCUUCAUGAACACAUGGACAAUCUUGAAAUUCCUGGGGAAAGUGACGUGGAGCUGCGAGACAACAGACCGUCUAUUGAGUUUUCUGACCUGGACGACGGUCUUGAAGAGGAGUACUAAUUAUGUGAGUGGUGGAUUGAGGGUAAAAAAAGAAGUGGGUCACUCCCUGCCAUAUGGUAGUUCACCCAGUUUUCACACAUGCUUUGAAUUUGUUAUGUUCAUCUGAAAUGCAUCUGCAGCUCAGAAGAUGUCUCGCCUUUGUUGCAGGUGGCUUUUGCAGAUAUGCAAACUUGAUAAAUAUUUUGGUUGACACCACUGUAUUUCUGUUUGAGUGCACUUUAUUCAAUUUUAAUUAAAUAAAAUGCAAUUUCUUUUCAACCCUUAUGCCACAAGUGCUUUAAUGUGUGAAUGGAAAAGCACAGAGGGACAGCGGUGACACGUGUCGGUCUGAUGUUGUUGUGAUGACAACUUUUGCGAGAAAAUAUAAAAAGUGGUGAUUUUUUUCUUUUCUGUUUUCCUCUGAGAAUAUGGUUGAAGAAAAAGAAGAACUUAACCCAAUGAAAAUAAAUCUAAUCAUUGUUGUGUCAGUGUUUGAAAUGCAGUUCAAUUUUGGAAAUAAAGAUUUAAUGCAAACUGCCA